AUGGUCGGCUCUUCGAUUUUGUCGCAGACCGUGCGGUCGGCCACCAAGUCGCUUACCUCGUCGAUGCGCGCUCUCUCCCUUUCGGCCCAGCCAACAAUCCUACCCAGGGUGCAGACUCGGUACUUCUCGCAGACUAUCAUCUCUCCUACCAGGACAACGGCGGCACUUAAGGGUGCUAUUUCCCCGUCGGUCCAGACCGGUGUAGCGGUAUUCCAAAAGCAGCAGACCAGGGGAAUGAAGGUGCGCAGCGCUAUUAAGAAGCGGUGCGAGCAUUGCAAAGUUGUCCGGCGGAAAGCGAACAAGCGGCACAACGGCUAUCUCUACGUCAUAUGCCCGGCGAACCCGAGACAUAAGCAGCGUCAAGGGUGA